AUGCCAUUCGGGGAGCUGAGAAGCGCGUCGGGAAGAAGCGGCGGCGGCGGCGGCUGCAACAGGUGCGGCCGCUGUUGCAAGAAACGCGAGGUCGAAGCGCUGCGCUGCCUGUGCGGGCUGGGUUUCCUGGGGAUGUUCCUUUUGGCUCUGCCGGUGCUGUACUUGAUACGAGCCAAGGCUGUCGAAAAAGCCGAGGAGAUCCCGAUGGAAAGGAUGCCCGCUGCCCAAAAACAGCAUGGGAAUCCACUUUGCAACAACUCUGAUGCCACAAUCCGGCCGAGCGUUCAUGCACGAGUCAAUUCUAACAUCUCUCGGAGCAAAUGCGUGAAUGGGAAUCCGGUUGCUUCAAACCUCCUUUGGGACAUUCAGUCCAAAGAAGGGAAGUUCCGACUGGAUGAGGAAAACGUUUCUUUCAUCAUCCCCAAAGACGGAAGAUAUUUUGUUUACACCCAAGUGACAUUUUCCUGCUCGAGGUGCCAUUGCGGAGGAAACAGUUGCUGCGGGAUGAAAACCAGGGGCCCCAAAAAUGUGUGGCUGGAGGUUAAGUACGAAACUUUAGAGUAUUCCGCACCUAAACCGACAGUCUUUCUUAUGUCCACGAGUUCCAUCGAGACCCAAUCGCACAGAUGCCUUUACGUGGCAGGGGUCAGGUUAUUCAAGAAAGACGACAAGGUGAUGGUGAAUGUUUCCAACCCUGCCUUGGUAGAGCCAGAAACGCAUUUCACUUUUUUUGGCGCGUAUUUCGUUGGCUAAAGACGGAGAAGAAUCCAUCAACUGCCUAGCAUUAGCGUCAGGGUUGAAUGGGAGUCGGUGGGUGGGUUUUUGCUAAAGCUAGGCACCGUUGGAAACAAAGCGGAAAAAAAAAUAUUGAAAAGAAACUCAGGGCUAAGAUGGCUUCCCCAAACGUCCCCGUCUCGCCGGAGAUCUCCCUUGCUUCUGCUUCCGAAGGAGAGCAGAGAAAAGUUGAGAGGUCCAUACGGGUAGUCCUCGACUUACAACAAGUGUGUUUAGCAACCGCGUUCAAAGUUACAACGGCACUGGGGGUGGGGGGGAAGUGUCUUAUGGGUCCAUUUUUCACACUUAUACAACCAGUGUGGCAUCCCUAUGGCCGUGCAAUCAAAAUUCAGACUCUCGACAACGGAUUCAUGUUUUGAAACAGUGGCGGUGUCCUGGGGUCGCGCGAUUCCCUUUUGGUUGACCUGGCCUUCCGAGGUCGGUGAAACGAGGACCCAGAUUGUUGGGGUGGGCAAUAGGAUGACUCUGUAAACCGCUUAGAGGGGACUGUAAAGCUUCCUUCCUUCCUUCCUGUGAAGCAGUAUAUAAUUCUAAGUGUUAUUGCUAUUGCUCUUCUUUUUCUCCUUCCUUCCUUCCUUCCUUCCUUCCUUCCUUCCUUCCUUCCUUCCCUGCCUGCCUGCCUGCCUGCCUGCCUGCCUGCCUGUGAAGCGGUAUAUAAGUCUAAGUGCUAUUGCUCUUGGUUUUCCCCUUCCUUCCUUCCUUCCUUCCUUCCUUCCUUCCUUCCUUCCUUCCUUCCUUCCUUCCUUCCUUCCUGUGAAGUAGUAUAUAAGGAGCCUGGUGGUGCAGUGGACUAAACUACUGUUUAGUAGUAUUUAGCUGCCAGCUGCCUGCAAUUACUACGAGUUCAAUUUUCACCAGGCUCAAGGUUGACUCAGCCUUCCAUCCUUCCGAGGUAGGUAAAAUGAGGACCCGGUUUGUGGGGGCAAUAAGCUGACUUUGUAUAAAAUAGAACACCGCUUGGGGGGGCCAAAAAGCUCUACUAAGCAGGUAUAUACAAAAGUAUGAAGGCUAUUGCUUAAAAGCAUUGUAAGCCGCCCUGAGUCUCCAGAGAAGGGCGGCAUAUAAAUCAAACUAAUAAAUAAUAAUAAUAAUAUAAGUCUAAGUGCUAUUGCUAUUACUCUUCCUUUUCCUUCCUUCCUCCCUCCCUUCCAAGUGGUAUAUAAAUCUAAGGGCUAUUUUGCGACCUUCGGACAAGCAAAGUCAAUGGGGAAUCCAGAGUGCUACUAACUAAACAACCGUGGUUGAUUCACUUAACAACGGUGGCAAGAAAGAUGGAGAAAUGGGGCCGAAAUUCACCUAACCGCCAUCUUGGCUUAGCGACAGAAACGUUGGGCUCAACUGUGGUCGUAAGUCGAGGACUACCUGUGUUUUUAUAGAAAAGGAAGCUUCUUCAAUUUGGCUUCCUCACCCCAGAGCACAUGUGUAUGUCAUGUCAAUGCGAGCAUAGUGUUAGAAAGUUUGUCCGGUCCAUGGUGCUUGGAAUUCCAAUUUUUUUUACAAUUUACAAAUUCCUAGUAAACAUUGGAAUUUAAGAGGGACCACUAGAAAUGCAACUCGGACUGACCUCAAGGAGAGAUCCUUGAGCACAGCUGGUGGACAGAUUUCAUGGCGCUCCUUAUUUGCAGAAGGACCUGGAGUGACAUGAUAGCAGUCUUCCAAUAUCUCAGGGGCUGCCCCAAAGAAGAGGGAGUCAAGCUAUUCUCCAAAGCCCCUGAGGGCAGGACAAGAAGCGAUGGGUGGAAACUCAUCAAGGAGAGAAGCAACCUAGAACCAAGGAGGAAUUUCCUGACAGUGAGGAAGAAUUAACCAGUGGAACAAGUUGCCUCCAGAAGUUGCGAAUGCUCCAACACUGGAAGUUUUUAAGAAGAGGCUGGAUAAUCACUUGUCUGAAGUGGUGUAGGGUUUCCUGUCUAAGCAGGGGGCUGGACUAGAAGACCUCCAAGGUCCCUUCUGUUAUUCUAAAUUUUAUUUACCACAAAGAUUUGCUUCUUAGGAAGCCCCCAAAACCUGCUUUGAUCUCCCCCCCAUUGUGUCUAAAUUUGGGAGUCCUGUGGAUAAAUGUUAUGCUUAUUAUACUUUCGAAGGGGGUGCUAACUAUACAAUCUCUUACUUUUUCCUCAAUGUUUUCCUCAAGUCCUACAAUUGUGCAGAUCUUUUCGCUAAAUGCAUCAUUUUUAAUUUACUAUUUUUUGCUUGACAAUGAGACGCCUUAACCCAGAAUUACCACCUUGUGAAGUACAAAAUGGUUUUUGCUUUGAUUGUUUUUGCUUUUUGUUGUCUAUUGUUGACCAAGUUAGGGGACACAUUACCGUGGACUAUGUGCCUUCAAAUCAGAAUCCUAUCUAGAAAGAGUGCAGAGAAGAGCAAUAAAGAUGAUUAGGGGACUGGAGGUUAAAACAUAUGAAGAACAGUUGCAGGAACUGGGUAUGUCUAGUUUAAUGAAAAGGAGGACCAGGGGAGACAGGAUAGCAAUCUUCCAAUAUCUCAGGGGCUGCCCCAAAGAAGAGGGAGUCAAGCUAUUCUCCAAAGCACCUGAGGGCAGGACAAGAAGCGAAGGGUGGAAACUCAUCAAGGAGAGAAGCAACUUAGAACGAAGGAGAAAUUUCUUGACAGUUAACCAGUGGAAUAACUUGCCACCAGAAGUUGUGAAU